AAUAAGCUUUGGUCGUGAGAGCACUCUAGCGGUAAGUGUGUCCACCGCAUGGCAGCGCCGCCACGAGCAUAGAAGACAACAGUUGCAAAAACAAUCGCAAAUUACAUAUAUCACGAGUGCUUGCAGAUUGUAAGAAAAAAGUUGAAGGAAAAAAUUCAAAUAUUUUGGGCACAAAUCUUCCGUGCCAUACACACACAUAGUAGCCUCUCCGACAGCCAUAAAUAUCAAAUUUAAGAAGAAAGCGUGCGCACAUAAAUUACAAAUUAACAUACUUAAUGUAAUUACAAACGCCGCCAUUCUCGCGCAUAUUUACACGCUAAGCUCACGCCUUCGAGCCUGUCAGCCGAGUUACCCGACUACAUCAAUACCAAUACCGAUGGCGGCGUACUCAUUCGCAGGAUUCGCUGAACACACUUAUGUUCGCCGCUACUGGCUAAUAUGCUGCCAAAUAAUGCUGUUCGCUUGUUUGUUAUUUUUGCUAAUCGUAUUAUUAUGCCCGCCGUAUAUCUUGACCAACGGCAAUGAGAACGCGUACACCAACAACAACAGCAACACUAAUACGCAAAGUAACGGCGAUUUUCAAACGCAAAUUCGCAAUAAAUUAGAGGAAAAUCCCUACAGUCAGCAGGAAGCGCCACAUCACCUAAACCGAAGCGUUGAAGGCAACGUUGUUGUUGUUGGUGUGGUCGGUGGUUUACUUGACGACCACAAUAAUUUGCCCAAGUCACGCAUCGCUGCUGGACACGACUAUGGUAGAAAAAAUGCUUGGCCUGCGAAUAACCACGCGCACGCGGGGUACACAUCCGUUACAGACGGCGAGGAAAUUAUUAGAAGCAGAGCUUGGAUUUUGCAUAACAGUGAAGUUAACAGCGGAAAUGCAGUGCGAAAUAAAACUAGCGCACAGGAUCCUAUCAAACUCAUAACACUGGGAAAUAUAUUGAAGAGCAGACAGAAAAAGUUCAUCAUUUACAGUGGAGCUGGCAUGUUGAAAUACGUAGUAGGUGUAUCUUUUCCAAUUCCUCUCGCCGAUCCACACCGCUCACUUAAUCACUACUAUAAUUUACAAAUCCAAUAUCCAGCUUUACCAAGACCGCUCUAUUGGUGGAAUUUUUUCAACUCCAGCACUUUUGCAGCACGUCGCCAACAGCGUCAACAAAUUGAUGCCACCCAAAUAAAGCCAGGUUCGCAUAUUAAACACGAUGCAAGUCGCGAAUUUAUUUAUAAAGGAGUCGAGAAAAUUUUUGAACAGCAAGGUCUAUCGGGUGAAUCCUGUUUACAACAAGCUAUUUGUGAAAUCUCCCAAGUACCGUUUCAUGUACCCCGAAUUUGGAGAAACGAUUUGAGACACUUAUGGCAGGCCAUAAUCAAUGCUGUUUUAAUACCUACUGUACCCAAUGUGGAUAUGAAAUAUUUGCAUGCCAGCCAAGCGGGACGUUUCGGUGUUGACUGUCAACAAACAUUUAAUCAGUGCCCGCAAAGAGUAAAUGAGUGGCUACGAAGAGUGGCUAAUAUGGUUUGAGAUACGAAAUUAUUUAAUGAGAGCUGACCAAAACCUGUGCAAAUACAUUGACUAAAUAUGCUUGUAUAUUUAUUGUACCAUUAAACUAAAAAUGUUGAUGAAAUAGGAGGCUAAUAAAAUAAUGUAAUCUUGAUUUUUAUAAUA